ACGGUCUUCGCGCGUCGAGCUAUCUGGUUGGCACUCACGUCGAGUCGGGCACUUAUAUUCGAAUUGACGUCGCACGUCUCUCGUUCUUACCUCAUUUUAUCCUCGUGGUUCAUAUUAAUCACGCUUGCAUCAGUUUCGUUGCUAAGUUUUGUGCUCCGUCCGGUUAGAACGCGCUGUUUGAAUUAUCGGGCAGUUCGUUUUUCAAUAAGGAAGUUAGACAGUGCUUUUUUUUGUGAUGUGCAUGGAAUCAACGAGCAACUUCAAGAUGACGCUUGCCUGGGUCUGCCUCAUCGGCCUGUUGUGUUCGACGGCAGUUAAAGCAUCGAAAUCGAACCUAGUCGUGGACAUCGAGCCAAAACGACCGACGGCCGUCCGAUUGGGCGAGAGCCUGCAAAUUUUGUGCAGAGUGGGUAGACCGCUUCGGGUGUGCCGCGUCGAGAUACCUGGGGAGGAAGGUGGAAUAGUGCUGUCGAAGGGACAGCCGCCCGAAGACGGCAUCGAGUAUUACGGCGAGGGAACGGAGGCGGGCCAAUGCGGUGUUCGCAUAGCCAAGAUCAAGGAAAGCCACGAUGGAAUAUUCAAAUGCACCCUGACCACGACCGACAGCCGAUCGGAGGAGCAGGCAUCCAUGAGGAUCAUCGUUGCCAAACCGCCGAAUAAUCCAGAGCUUCACACUAGUCAAGGAUCGGAUGGAAGAAAUAUAUAUAGGAAGGGAGAAAAAUUGGAAGUGAGUUGCAGCGCGCCAGGCGGACGUCCAGCGGCCAACGUUUCUUUGUUCCUCGACGACGAACCAAUCGGCAACGAGGAAAGGCCAACGAUUUACGACUCGAACGUGGACGAUAAUUCACUGGCCGUGCAAAAUGCAUCGCGCGCCUUGGACUGGACCGACAACGGGAAAGUUCUUCGAUGCGUCGCCGGUCACAUCGCCCUCGACCGGCCUAAAGAAACCACCAUGCAACUGCAGGUCUACUAUCCUCCUCAACCUCAGCCAACGAUUGAACGAUUUGGAUACGUAAUUGGACGGCAGGGAAUCGUGAACGUGACCGUUUACGCGAAUCCUAGGCCGCGUUUUUUAUGGCGUGUGAACAAUGAGAUAAUCAACGAGGGACGUCCGGAUGAAAGCAAUCGACUCGAAACUUCGACCGCUGUGGAUCUGGGAAGAGGAGCGUGGAGCGUAAUCCUGACGAUCGACAGUGUGCAAAAAUCCGACACGGAGAAGGAAUAUAUCCUGGAAGCCCGCAACGGCGAAGGAGCUUACGAAUAUCGUAUCAUUUUGUCGACAGCCACAGAACCUGCAGGGCCGUUCGGUCACUUCUAUGGUAAGCUCUCCGAACACAUGCACGCACUAGGCGUCGAUUUAGAUGCUGGUUCUAUCAUCGGAAUCGUGGUCGGUGCCCUGGUGCUACUUCUCAUCGUUUUCAUACUAAUUUUUGCCCGUGCGACCGGACGUUGGUGCUUCGCAGCGAGGCGUCGGGGCGACGAGGAAGCUGCGAGCGGUGUCGGCGCCGGAAGCGAGGCGCACAUCACCCCUGGGGACGAGGACGAAGAGGAUCACGACGAGGAUCCGCGUAUCAUCGAUGAGAAAAUACCGCAGGGUGGCCAGGAGAACCCGAUACACGCGAGCACGGAAUACGUGAACGGGCGCACCGACGUCAAGGAGGCGAAGAAGGACGAGAAGACGGACACGCCUGUUUAAGAAAAAAAGAGAGAAAAAAAAGAAUCGACCGAUCAUCGUCGUCGUCGUCGUCGUCGUCGUCGUCGUUUUUCGACGGUCGUUCCUUCUUCUCACGCGGAAAUAAGCUGUCACCUCGGUUCGACGAUCAAACUUUUGCAGACCGAUCUUUCAUCCCGCGAAAAAUAAUAUCUCGUUAUUCGUAUUUCGUGGAUCGAGGUGUGAUUUGGAUCGAAAUCGUGAAACGAAAUGGAUUCGAGGGAACGGGGCGGGAUUCGAAAUAUUCCAGGAAAUGAUUGGUUUUUAGUAUUAUAGACUGAUAUAAUAUUUUACUUAGAUACGCGUAACAGCGUUACGAGAUCACGAGUUUUUUUUUUUUCUGACGCCGAUUCGAUCCAACUUGCCUUGCGAAACGAACUCGACUUUCUUCGCUCACUGAUUAUUUUCAAAACGCUCGCUCAUUGAACGACGCCGUUAACAUCCGAGGUAAAUGACUAAAAAUUCGUAUAUUCCAUUGACGCGAAAGGGUGUUUCAAGGUAAUUCUCAAGAGCAAGGUCAACACGCGCUCCUUUCUAUAUCUCGUCGCACGAAUCUCGCGUUUAGUUUGUUAAGAACGAAUCUCUUUCUAUUUUUUAUUAUUAUUAUUAUUAUUAUUAUUAUUAUUAUUAUUAUUAUUAUUAUUAUUAUUAUUAUUAUUUCCUCUUUCUAUACAAUAAUAUCGCGUAUUUAUUUUCCACGCGACGCACGAGUAUUAAUUAUUACUUUUAUUCGCCGUGACACAAAGCAUAAAGUAUGAAACCCGCGUAUCGUCAAAUCCGAUAUCCUUUAUCUCUGUACUUGCAUUUCCUCGUUUCCUUGUACGAUUUUUCCGUCUCUUCGAUGGCAGCUGCGUUCGUACCGCGAAAACACGAUUCUCCGCUCGUCAACGAUCGGGAAACGAUCCCUCGAUGCCUCGAUUUAAAAAAAAAAAAGAAAAAAAAAAAGAAAAAAAUAAUAAUAAA